UCUUUUGAUAGCCUUACACAGUUGGCUCAACAGUGGGGUAAGAUAGAGUGAGAGAGAGAGAGUACACAGAGUGAUUUCUGUGUGAAUGAAUAGAAGAAGAAACACAGGGCCCUUUUUUCUCUAGAUUCACCUGUGGAAGGGAAUGAACAAACAAACAAACAGGUGAAACAGAAGAUACGUAAGGAACAACCUUGUCAUACCGCAAUUGAACACGCCUCAAGAUCUGCUUUCGUUCUCCACCUCAACCACAAGAAUCUCUUUCUCUCGCUUCACUUUAAUCUUUGUUAAACGCCACUGUGCCAACCCUCGUGGGAGCUCAGCCUGACUCUGAUAAAUUCAGGCAACUUAUACCUCAUCCCUCCUGUGCCACUCUUCCUUUGCUUUCUGUCUUAAGGGUGAGGAAGGAGCAUAAGAAAUCAUCCUAAAUACCUGCCCUGCAGGGGGAAGGAACAUCUUUAAACACUCUAUAACUUCUUCCUCCAUAAUCUCUACAUUAUGACCUUGCUGGCAUCUGAGAGGUCAUUGCUCAUCCGCAAUAAGUUCCGCUCAGUUCUGCAGUUAAGAAUACAGAACCGCAGACAGCAAAAUGAACUCAUUGCAGAGUCUGGUACAAAGACCCAUGUCCCUGAUAAAACUGGAGAGAAAGAAGUCAGCAAUGGCUUGCUUUGGACAGAGGAUGGCACCAUUCAGAAGUCGCCCCCUAGUGGUCUGACUGCUCAGACUGCACCAGACAGGGGUUAUGGUGGUGCUCAUAGGCAGAAGAAGGCUCGUCUGGCAGAGGAUAUAAGUGAGAAAAUCCAUAGACAGCCUGGACCACUUGAUCUCCUGCAGAGGAAUAUUCUGCCUCUGGAGAACACUCCUUCAUUGCCAUCAGAUGCCUUUGAAGAUGACAAUUCUUCUUCCCUCUCUGCAUCUCCUGAGCAACUUGGGAUGCACCAAUCUCCUGGCUUCUCAUCAUCACCUGGGGUAGGCAGUGACCAAUCGCAGAGUGAUGCGUCACCUGUUGCUAUGCCCUUCAGCCCAAACAGUGUACAGGAGUGCAGAUUGGCGUUGCUCCCGGCAACUGAGUGCAUCAGCCAGCCAAUGACCAUGACAUUAACAGGGUCAAACUCUAUGUCAACAACUGGGAGACCCAAAGGGAUGUACAUGCCCUCCCAGACACUUCCACUGCUGCCAAAGCAUAAGCCUUCCAAGCCUUCAGCUCCACCUUCUCAUUCCAUUCUGGGUGGGUCCUUAACUUCAUCCCACCCUCCACGGCCACGGAAGCCUCGCGAUUCUAAACCCAAAAUGAGGAAGCUGAAAUACCAUCAGUACAUUCCCCCAUAUCAAAGGGCUGGGACUGGGGACGGAGCUGGGAACACUUCACAAAAGAAUAACAACAUCCAGACUCCCCCCACUGAAUCCUCCUACUCUCAUCUCUUGGAGCAACAGCAAGUGUUCUUACAACUACAGAUUGUUAACCAGCAACAACAGCUCACUGUGACAAACAGUGAACACCAACUGAAGAUUUCCGGAACCACACCUCAAAGCUCCCCUCAGUCUGGAAGACCAUCAACAAGCCCCUCCACUGCUGAUACGAGUCCCAUGCACCAGGCAGAGUUACUUCCUUCAAACCUAGAUGACCUAACAGUGUCAGUGCUUCGUCAGCAGUUACGUAAACGUGGGCUCCCUGUUUCCGGCACCAAGCCUGCACUGCUGGAGAGACUUCGCCCUUUCCAGGUGUCUCGCCCCCCGGUAACCCCUGCUCCACUUUGCCAGCUAGGGUCCACAAUAGAACCCACUCAUCCUGCUGGCCUCAACCAAAUCACCACCAGCAUUGACACCUCUACCAACCCAGCUCAGAUUUACAUCCAUAACCCAGGUUUAGAAGAGCAAAGCUUGGCUGGUGAUAGUUACUUCACUUCUUCUUCUGCUGGCUCCAGCCCCAGCAUACAUACUCACUCACCUUCAGUGUCCUCUGGUGCCAUGUGGAGGCCAGGCCAGGCAGUAGAUGAGCUUAGUGUGGAUUUUGAAAUGAGAGAGUGGUUGAGGAGUAGACCAAGAGAAGGAGCAAAAGACACUCAGCUUUGUGGAGGUUCCCUUCAUCCGUUCCUGCAACAGGACUCAGGAUGCUCCAGAGGGAAACUGGACACAGAUGGACAGGAAGCACUCUUUACAUGCUGCACUGGUGAUGGGAAAGUGAACUGUUGUCAGCUUUGUGAUGUGAUUGGUCAAGAUUUUGAUUUGCCUAUGCAAAUUACAGCCAGUCCAAUACAAGCCUCACCAGCUGUCCGCAGUUUGGAGGAGGAGUUACAGGAGGCUAUUCAAAGAGUUCAGAUGAACCCGACUCAAUCCAUAGAUGACAUUUUAAAGGAGACUAUUGGUUGUUCAGAUAACACUUCUCCCAUCACAGAUCUCCAACAAACAACCACUACUGUCCUGUCAGGCUCCUCCCCUGCCUCACAGCCCAAACAAUCACAGUCCUCCAAGCGCCAAAAAGAUGACAACUUCCUGUCCUCUCCUCUGUGCUCUUCGCUUCUUUUGGAGCUUCCUCCAUCCCCUAACAAUGCUUUGCCCCUUGGUUCUACCCCAGCUCCACUUCCCCCUCCUCCUAUCUGCACCACUCCACCAUCCAGCUCACUUUCCAGAAAAAGAAGGUCAGAGGUUCCUGCUUUUGACCCUGCUGACUGGCUGGAAUCCUUGACCUCUGGCCUACACCCACUCUCACCUCGUGCUGCCCCAUUUCUAGAAACGGACUUUGGCCUUGACUCAGACCUGAGCAUCAACAGAGUCCUCAAACUGAUGGUGGAGCAGUGGUGAGAAAAGGGCGAAGUGUGUAUCUGUAUGUGCGUAUGCCUAAUUGGAUGCAUGAUUGGAAAUUAACAACCUGUCAAAUCGUGGUCCUUAGAGAGGUGACCCCCUCAUCCUCUUGUUCAUUCUUCCAUUUUUGUAUCCAUCCAUCUCUGUCAACUGAUGUGACCAAACAAAUCUAACGGUUGUUGACUGCUAAGCUCUACUCCACGCAAAGUCGAGAGAAAGAGACAGAAAAGGAAAAAAGAAAGAGAUAUGCUUUGGUAACUUGUAUGGAACAAUCCACAAAUCUUUGAGCAUGUGCACAUACACUACACUUUCAUUGAUUGAAAAAUUAAUAUAUUAUACAAAAAAAGCGGGUUUCCCCGUUGACUCGCCUCUUGCUUCAACGCCAGACUAACUGUCGGCAUGUGGCAACCGUGUGGAGCAGCGGGAGCAUCAAACAAUCUGUGUGUUUUUGCAGGGAAGUAUGCUUCCCUUGGCUGCUUUAACUGUGUGUGUGUGUUUGUGUUAGUGCAUACCCACUUGCCAGCAUGUUCUGUAUCUACACCAUAAAUGAGGUGCAUAAAGCACCCAUUUGCACUUUUUUAUGUUUAUACUGGUGUACAUUUUUUCCAUUUCUUGCAGUGUUACACACUGUUCGUAUCAAGUUAUGUUCUGCGGCUAGUGUUAACUUAAAAGCAUCAGCUCAAAAAGCACCUUCUAGAUAUUUAAGGGUAGAAUACAUUUUGCAACCUUUUUGCAGCAAUACAGUGCAAAACAAUGCUGGACAGUGUGUUCCUUUAGCUGGAUUGCAAACUAAAAUUAGGUAUGGACUUCGGGGGAAAACUUCGGUCUUUUAAAGAAGCCAGAUGUAAUUUACUUGGAAUCUAAAGGUCUUGACCCUCCAUUUAUCAGCCUAAACAAUGUGUAUAAAUUAACGAGUGAUCUUUCAACCUUUACUGUUUAAAGUUUCUUAAUGGGACCUAUACAACGUCAUCUACCAUUGUUGUUUACAUAAAUUUGACCUUUCACCUGCCCGUUGCUGUUAUGCACUGCUUAGGACAUAGCAGUGCAUUAUUUCUGCAAUAUGCUUCCAAGAAAGGCACAGGGAUACAACACAUUUAAAUAUCCAAAGAAAGUUGUGAAAACAUUGCAAACUCUUUUAUUCUUUACCAGUCUUAUAUGUGAAAGUUAAUGUGUGAAUAGGACACUGUGUUUGAUAAUCAAAGAUAUUGUCCAAAGUUCUGUGUUCACAAAGUUGCUGGAGAAUCACAGCAUUUGUGCAGCUGGACCUUGAUGGUUCUCAAAUGAGUUGGAAUUUUGUUUUCUGUACUCCCAUGACACCUACAACUAAGGUUGCUUUUAAGCCAAAUGUUGUUUCAGAAUAAAUAAAUGACCAACCUACCAACCAAAAAGCAAACCAUUUUAAGUGUUUGAUCAAAUAUAUUAAUUGAUAUAUUUAUUGAAUAAUUUAUUUAAACUCUUACCAUCUAUCCUCGUUAAAAUCAUAUUGUAAACGUAAAACUGUAAAUUUAAAGUCUUAAUUGAUAGUCCACCUGCCUUUUUCAUUGUAAUUUUUUAACAAAUUAAUGAAUAUUUAGUUUCAACAGUAGAAAGGCUGAACUUCAUCCUUUUAAUUUUCAAUUAAAAAUUUGCCACAAAAUAUAAGAAGGAUAUAUCAGAAUGGCAAUGUUGAAAGUAAAGUAAGUAUACCUUGAGUGGACAGUAAUAUGUCAAGGUGGUCAUGGUGAUCACUGAGCUUUCUUCUUACAGGACAUUUCUUACAGUCUUCUCUUCCUUACCCAUUUUCAGUAUCUACAGUAGUAACUUGUUCCUGCUGUAAACGAGCGGAACGAUUGUUUACCUUUCUGUUAAGUUAAUUUAAUUUCCAAGAAAGUCUACAUUUGUAGAUGGUUAGAAUUUAGUGGGAGCUUGAUUGCUGCUCUAUCUACAUCAGCGUUAAAUUGAAUUGUACAUCAUAUGAAUACGGGAGGCCUUUGAAGACUCAAAAUAAAAGGUGGAUGUUAUGUGAAAAAUAUGGAUCAGGCACGUGACCACUAGUGAAAAGAUCUGCUUUCAGAAUUGAAACACUCCAAACAAUUAUAUUAAUUCACAUAAACUAACUAUUCAGUUUAUAAAACCAUGCAUUAUACAUAAAUGUUACCUUUUGCCAAGCAGUUUCAGUUUCUUUGUGAUUCAAUUACUUGAAUGUGUUAAUUAGAUAGCUCAAAAUGUUUGACACAGGGUGUGAGCUCACUUACACAACAUGACAAAGUCAGUAUACAUCAACAUCAAAGAAUAUGUCACAUUGGUGACAGCUUAUAAAGUACUCUGAAAUAAAAUUACAAUUAAUGGUGAGAACAGUCCUGUUUUGAUAAGAUUCAUGAAUAUUAUUGUUUAUGUGAUACUGAUAGUGUUUUAGUUUGCAUUACUCUGCAUUACUGCAAAUAAUUAUAUUAUUUUACAGUUUGUAAUAACAAAAUAAAACAAUUUUACAAUCUGAGAUGGCAUGAGGUAAAUGAGAGAGUUUACAUUUUUGGGGAGAACUAUCCCUUUAAAAUAUCAACAAUAUUGUUAUAUAAUUGACAUUGUCCUACAUUCAUUGUAGAUAUUUAAAGGUAAAGUGUUAUUAUGAAAGAUAAAUAACAAAUUAUUUUUUUAUUUUCUUACCUUUUUAUAACUCUUUUUGAUUAGAUUUAUACCUUUUCAUAGUCAUUGUGGAUGAAAAAUAUUUUAAAGAGAACAAGGACUUAACUGAAUAGUUUUACACUUGGGGGCAGGGUGAACAUGUAGGGGGGAACUGUAUUUUACAUGAAAUGUCCCAUGUACACAUAAAAAAAUAUUUCUGUUUUAAUAUU